GCCUCCAGCCUUCUACGUGUCGCCCCUCCAAUAUGUCUUCCUCUUCCGCUCCGCCAACUCAUCUCCUCAUUCAUCCAAUUUCAAAGAUCUGAUCUCCGAAUCCCGACGAACCCUACCUUGCAGCUCGCCGCAGCUCCACACCGCGCGCGGCCUUGUAUGGGAGGUUGCUUUUCUUCAGCUGCGCGCAAAAGAGUUCCUUCAAACGCCGCUCCAUCUCCUCCUCCUCCUCUAGCCCCAAAUCCAGCCGUUCCUAACCAGCAGAAAGGCGUCGGCGCUGUUGCAACAAUGGCGCUUCCGUAUGCUCGCGUAGACGAUAGCCUCCGAGCCCUCGCUGGACAAGCUGAGGGUUUCGGCCGCCACGCCAUCGGCGGACUCCAUGGAUCGGUCUACUGCGUCACCACCUUGGCAGAUGACGGCCACGGGUCCCUGCGUGAGGGAUGUCGGAAAAAAGAGCCACUUUGGAUCGUAUUUGAAGUGUCGGGGACGAUUCACUUGUCGUCUUACUUGAGGGUGUCGUCUUACAAGACCAUUGAUGGGCGGGGGCAGAGGGUUAAGCUUACAGGAAAGGGCUUGCAGCUGAAGGAAUGCGAACAUGUUAUUGUGUGCAAUAUGGAGUUUGAAGGUGGUAGAGGUCAUGAUGUUGAUGGGAUUCAGAUAAAGCCUAAGUCUAGACAUAUUUGGAUUGAUCGAUGCAGCCUGCGUGAUUAUGAUGAUGGUUUGAUUGAUAUCACACGAGAGAGCACUGACAUCACUAUCUCGAGAUGCCACUUUGCAAUGCAUGAUAAAACAAUGCUUAUUGGGGCUGAUAGCAGCCAUAUUACUGAUAGAUGUAUCCGGGUGACAAUACAUCACUGUUUUUUCGAUGGAACUAGGCAGAGACACCCUCGUCUUAGAUUUGGGAGAGUUCACCUCUACAAUAAUUAUACAAGAAAUUGGGGUAUAUAUGCAGUAUGCGCUAGUGUGGAAGCACAGGUUCUCUCUCAGUGCAAUAUAUAUGAAGCUGGAGAGAAAAAGACUGUAUUUAAAUACAUGCCUGAAAAGGCUGCAGAUAAAGAGGAGGUGAGGGCAGGCUGGAUAAGAUCAGAAGGAGAUCUGUUUCUGAAUGGUUCCCAGCCUUGUCUUCUGGAGGGUGUUGGUGUUGAGUCAGUUUUCAAGCCGGAUGAGCACUAUCCAACAUGGACAAUGGAGCCAGCAUCUGUGGCACUCAAGGAAGUUCUUCAAUUAUGUGCAGGUUGGCAAUCUGUCCCAAGGCCACAAUUCACUUAAAACCAGCUUUUACAUGAUUGCCCUCCUCCCAUUUUCUUUGUAUUUACGGAUCUAAUGCCUAAACUUCAAUUUUUUAUGUAUUCAUGUC